ACUGGCUCUUACCAAAUGGCUUUGCUGGCGGCAAAGUUGAGCCUGAGGAGCUGGCGGGGCGAUGUGUAGCGACUUUCUCAAAGCCGAAUCCGGGACGGAGCUCCUUGCCCGACUUGAAGGAAGGAGCUCCUUGAAAGAACUCGAGCCCAACCUAUUUGCUGAUGAAGAUUCACCAGUGCAUGGUGAUAUUCUCGAAUUUCAUGGUCCAGAAGGAACGGGAAAAACGGAAAUGCUUUAUCACUUAACAGCCCGGUGUAUACUUCCAAAAUCAGAGGGCGGAUUGCAAAUAGAGGUCUUAUUUAUCGAUACAGACUACCACUUUGACAUGCUCCGCCUCGUGACGGUUCUGGAGCACAGGCUGUCGCGGAGCUCGGAGGAAGCCAUCAAGCUCUGCCUGGGAAGGCUCUUCCUCGCCUACUGCAGCAGCAGCGUGCAGUUACUGCUCACGCUCCACUCGCUGGAGGCGCUCUUCUGCGGCCACCCCUCCCUCUGCCUCCUCAUAGUGGAUAGCCUGUCGGCUUUCUACUGGACAGACCGCGCCAGUGGAGGAGAAAGCGUGGCCCUGCAGGAAUCUACUCUGAAGAAGUGUUCUCAGCUCCUAGAGAGACUCGUCACACAGUACCGCUUGCUGCUUGUCGCCACAACGCAAAGUCUAAUGCAGAAAGCCUCGGAACCGGCACAGGGGCCCUCUUCCUCCAAGCUUCCGGGCGACAGGGCCCUGGACUACAGAGCCUAUCUCUGCAAGGCCUGGCAGAAGGCGGUGAAGCACAGAGUCAUCUUCUCCAGAGAUGACCAGUCAGAGAGCAGCCGCUUCUUGUUGGUUUCACAUCAUUUAAAAAGUAACAGUUUAAAAAAACACACUUUUAUGAUCAGAGAAAGUGGGGUGGAGUUUUGUUGAUUUGUCAUCAAAAAGGCUUUGGAGAGCUCUGAGGCAAGUCUUUAAAAGUCUUCUAUAGGCUAAAGUGGUUUGAUUCUGAAGGUUUUGAUUCUGGGGAAAUUAAUACAAACAGUACAGUAAACUUGAAGCUCUUCUGUCCCUCUAGGCUCUGGAAGGUGUCAGUAAACUGCACCCCACUGUCCCUCUAGGCUCUGGAAGGCGUCCAGCACGCUGCACCCCACUGUCCCUCUAGGCUCUGGAAGGUGUCAGCACGCUGCACCCCACUGAGCUUGUUUUGGAACUCAGUAAAUGAUACAUGUUUCAGACUAAGUCAUGUUUUGAGUGUUUAGGAAGGAUUCACUGCUGGCCCUGGCCUCCUUAAGGAGCUGUGGCUGGAGAGGGUGGGCAGAGAGCUGUUACUUCAAAGAAAUGAGCACAGGAUUCACCUGCUCAGCUGCCUCUGUCUAGAAGCUGGAGUGGGCUGGGUGUGGUGUACUCACCUUGAAUUCCCAGCACUAGGAAAACAAGACAGGUGAAUCUGUGAGUUCAAGGCCUGCCAGGCCUAGAUAGUGAGUUCCAGGACAGCCAGGGCUACAUAAUGUCUCAAAAAGCCAACCAGUAAACAGAGAGACAGACAGAUAGAUGAAGCUGGAAUGUUUCUAAAUAAAUGAAGCUGGACUGUCUGAGCCCUCCUCCUCCUCCCUCUCCCCACCACCCCUCUGAGGGUGUCACUAUGUUUCCUUUAUAAUCCAGGCUGGCUUUCAUCCACAGUUCUGCCUCAGCUUCUGAAGUAACCAGGGCAUCUAGCACACAGUGCCGCACUGCACCUUACAGCCAGAGAAUUCUGAUCUGAGUUACACUUGAAUUCAAGAUGGCUUUCCAUUUACUUGGGGUUCUGUGUGAUUUUUUCAAACCUGGAGAAACGAUGUACUCAUGUAAGAACUCUGAAAUGUAUUCUGGAAUGUUCAUCUCAUUAAAUGGUAGAUUCUGAAACUGUUAGAAUUGUUUG